CUAUACAUUUCUUUCAUUCUCCUUCAGGAAGUCUACCCAACUGAAGCAAGGCAAUGGGAGGAGUAAGGGUCAUUGUUUGGGCUGCAAGAGAUGCAUCAGGACAUCUUUCACCAUAUUCAUUCACACUCAAGAAAACAAGUCCAGAGGAUGUGGUGUUGCAAGUCUUGUACUGUGGAAUAGACCACACCGAUCUUCAUCAGAUUAGGAGUGAGAUUACCCCCGCAAAUUACCCUUUAAUCCUUGGGCAUGAAGUGGUGGGUGAGGUUGUGGAGUUGGGUUCAGAAGUAAGAAGUUCAAGCUGGGAGACACGGUUGGAGUUGGGUGCAUGGUUGGCUCUUGUGGGGACCAGCCCUCCUACAAUUCCAACAUGGAACAGUGUUUCCCCAAGAGUAUCUUCAUUUAUGGUGACAUCUAUAAAGAUGGCACACCCACUCAGGGAGGAUAUUCAUCGGCCAUGGUGGUUCGUCAAAGGAGGACUUGAUCAUUUUCGUGUGCUAAUAGCAAAGGCCAUGGGGCAUCAUGUGACGGUGACAAGCUCUUCAGAUAAGAAGAGAGUGGAGGCUUUGGAGCAUUUAGGUGCGGAUGCUUAUAUAGUGGGUUGCUAUGCAGCAGAGAUGGAGGGAACAGCAAACAGUUUCGACUAUAUUCUCGACACUGUUCCUGCUCCUCACCUUUUGCAGCGCUAUAUUGAACUUCUCAAGGUUGAUGAGAAGCUGAUUUUUGUCGGGGUUGCCACACAACUCCAGUUUAGUUCAGACGAUCUAAUUCUAGGAAGGAAGACAAUGACUGGAAGUUUCCUAGGAAGCACUGAAGAAACGCCGGGAAUUCUAGAAUUUUGGGCAGAGAAGGGAUUGACAUCAAUGAUUGAGGUGGUGAAAAUGGAUCAUGUGAACAAAGCAUUUGAGAGGAUGGAGAAGAACGAUGUGAGGUACAGGUUUGUGCUGGACGUUGCUGGAAGCAAUCGCGAACAAUUCAACAAGUGAGUGUGCAGGCAAUAUUUUCUUGAUCUUGGUGUCGUUAACUAAAUGACACUUCCAUUAAAUGAACACGAUAUUUUUAC